AUGACCGUGGCUCCUUAUCGGCCGGAUAAGAGAUACGUACCCCUAUUCCUCCCCGCCAUACUACCUACCUUACCCUUCGACCACAAACCUCGCCCGCCAGUACAGCAUAACGUACAAUCUCGUCUGAAACAGCAUCUACCGCCAGUCAACUUCUACAGCUCCAGCUUCACAACGUCUCCAAGAGUUCCUUCGCGCUGGGCGGUAGACCUUCGUCCCAAUGAGCGGUGGCGCUUACCGAUUCACCUCCAGGGAACCGCCAUCUUCUGCCCUGCUUUGCCUCACCUUGCCCUACCCUACCCUGCCCGCCCUGUCUUGUCCUAUCCUGUCCUUUCUUACCGUCCUGACCCCUUUUUGUUCUCUGCUGCUCUUCGAUUCGACGCAUUACAAUACCCUCCUGGCUGUGUGAGCUCAUCCUAUGCUCCCUAG